UGCACUAAUAACUGUUGUUGGGGGUAUCAAAAUUGGCGAUGGAAACAGAGUGAAGCAGCUCCAACGCUCCAACCAACUCUGCCUCGACUUCUCCGCCAUUCUUUAUUGCUUUCUAUUUCAUACUCACAACCUUUCUUCCUAAUUCUCUCACUGACUCAAACCCUCACCAUGGCUUCCCUCUCCUUCUCCGCCGCCUUCACCGGUCGUCGCCUCCCCGCCACGGCGUCGCCCUCCACACCGCCUCGCCGGAAUCCCUCCCUGUCGGUGCAAUCCAAGAUCAGAGAGAUUUUCAUGCCGGCCCUCAGCUCCACCAUGACGGAGGGCAAAAUCGUCUCAUGGGUUAAGUCCGAGGGCGAUGCCCUUUCCAAGGGCGACAGCGUUGUCGUCGUCGAGUCCGACAAGGCUGACAUGGACGUUGAGACAUUUUACGACGGCAUCCUCGCUGCCAUUGUCGUCGCCGAGGGCGAAACCGCCCCCGUUGGCGCCCCCAUUGGCCUCCUCGCUGAAACUGAGGAGGAAAUCGCUGAGGCCAGGGCCAAGGCGGCCAAUUCCGCGAAAAUUGGAGCUCCGAACCCUGCUCCGGAGACCACUCCCCCGCCGGCGCCGGUUUCCGACGCGCCCCGGAAGGUUGUGGCGACGCCGUAUGCGAAGAAGCUCGCGAAACAGCACAAGGUGGAUAUUGGAUUGGUUGUUGGGACUGGUCCUUAUGGGAGGGUCACUCCUGCCGACGUGGAGAAGGCCGCCGGAAUUACACCGGCGGCGAGUAAUGUAGCUCCGCCGGCAGUGGCUUCUACGGUGCCAAAAGCUGCUGCUGCUGCUCCCCCUCCGGUGACCUCCUCGCCUCCAAUUCCGGGUUCUAGUGUUGUCCCUUUUACAACGAUGCAAUCUGCGGUUGCAAAGAACAUGGUGGAGAGUCUCUCUGUGCCUACAUUCCGUGUUGGGUACCCUGUAACCACUGAUGCACUUGAUGCUCUGUAUGCGAGGGUGAAAUCAAAGGGAGUGACAAUGACUGCGAUUCUAGCCAAGGCAGCUGCAAUGGCACUGGUGCAACAUCCGGUGGUGAAUGCUUCCUGCAAAGAUGGAAAGAAUUUUGCCUAUAAUAGUAACAUUAAUAUUGCUGUUGCUGUGGCAAUCAAUGGUGGUUUGAUUACCCCGGUUCUUCAGGAUGCGGAUAAGUUGGACCUAUAUCUUUUGUCUCAAAAAUGGAAAGAAUUAGUUGAAAAAGCUCGUGCAAAGCAAUUGCAACCUCAUGAGUAUAAUUCAGGAACUUUCACUCUUUCUAAUUUGGGAAUGUUUGGAGUUGACAGGUUCGAUGCCAUUCUUCCUCCAGGCCAGGGUGCUAUAAUGGCAGUCGGAGCAUCAAAGCCUACUGUUCUGGCUGAUAAGGAUGGUUUCUUCAGUGUAAAAAAUAAAAUGCUGGUAAAUGUAACCGCAGAUCACCGAAUAAUCUAUGGGGCUGACUUGGCUGCAUUCCUUCAGACAUUCUCAAAAAUUGUUGAAAACCCUGAAAGCCUAACAUUGUAGUCAUUCAACACUUCAGACAUAAUUAUCUGUGCUCCUUCGCCCGGGAAUGACGAGUUUAUAUUUUUCACUGAGCAGCCUUUCUGGCUUAAUACCUCAUAUUUUGUGUUUAUCUUGUACUUCAAUUUUGUUAUACAUUUUCAUGGUCUGUCCCAAGUAAGAUUGACUUGAUUUUCAAGGGGUGGCUAUGAUUUUUAUUUUUUUUUGUAUACCCGAUGAAGGAUAUUGUAAACGAAAAUCAAUGGUGAGAAACAAGGUAUCAUCUUUUGCAAUAAUAAGAAAACUAUUAUUCUUUU